AUGGAAAACACAGCAGCAGUUUUACUGUCGCCACCGGCAACGCCACCAUUACAGGAUACGAGUCAGCAGCGGCAGCAGGAGGAUGAGUUGCUAAAGAACAACAAUGCGAUUCGUCAGGCACUGAAGCGAAAGCUGGAAAAUGCAGCUGCUAAAACAACGUCAUCUGCAUCAUCGAGCGGCAGCUUCGUCACACCGAACCAUUCGGAUGCGUCCGAGGAUGAGUCGGAUCUGCCACCGCGCAAGCGUCAGUAUGUGCGCAACCCGGACCAGUUGGAGUCGCAUGCCGCCCUGCAGAAGCAUCUGCAUCAACUACAUCAGCAGCGGCAGCUAAACGGUACCGGUGGUGCACCAACACCGCCGCCGUCGGAGUUUUCCGGCUCGGAAGAUGAAACUACCAAGUCCGGUUCGGACGAGGAGCGCUGCUACUUCCAGGGUGGCGCCACAAACGAAGCACCCCAGCGGGAAAGUGUGAUCAUGCGCAUCAACAAGGAUGGUUCGUGCACGAAGACACCCGCAUCGGAGGAGGCGGCGGGUGCAUCCGGGGCGGAUGGUACCGCCGGAGGACUGAACAUAUUCCGCAGCUACAAGUUUAAGAUGGGCCCACGGAUGUCACCACCGCCACCGACCACGGUAGCUUCGGCGAGUUCAUCAUCCGUUCCAGAGCAAUCGAGCAAAGGCAGUGGUGCGGAAGGUUUAACGGUUGAAAGUCCAGCUGCCAGUAAGACAUCGUCAGCAGUAUUCAGCACCAGCACCAAUGGUGGUGCUGGCAAGCGUAAGAAGAAGGACACGACGAAUUCAUCUCCUGCUUCGUUCAGCUCGAACCUCUUCAGCCAACCUAUCCUACCGAAGGUGACAUCAGCCUCCUCAACUUCAUCUACCCUUCCUGUGAUAGCGCCCAAAGUCACCGUCGGCCCGGCAACUGCGACCCCAUUCAUCCUGGCCACCCAGAACGGUGGGUACAUUCUCUUGCCACAGCCAAUGUCACACAAUCUGCUGGUUGCUACCGGUCCGACACCGGCAGUCGUCCCCGAAUCGCGCCCCAAAUCUCAACCCGCUCCAGUACCGACGACGGUGAAAGAUGAUAGCAAAGGCGGAGCGGAACAGCGAAACCAACUGGCAACCGGCACCGGUCCGAAACCCGAACGGCGCCGCAUCUACGAGUGUGAUCAUCCCAACUGCGGGAAGAAUUACUUCAAAUCGAGUCACCUGAAGGCACACCAGCGCAUCCACACCGGUGAGCGGCCGUUUAACUGCAAGUGGCCCGACUGUGGACGUCGGUUUUCCCGCUCGGACGAGCUGUCCCGCCACAAGCGUACGCACACCGGUGAGAAGAAGUUCGUCUGUCACGUCUGCGAACGGCGGUUCAUGCGUAGCGACCAUCUGUCCAAGCAUGUCAAACGUCACAACAAGGACACGAGCAAGACGGCCGGUUCAUCCACCACCAGCACCCCGGCUGGCCAAUCAACUGCGGGACGGAGAACGGUAGCCGCCAGUACUGCGUCCCCAUCGGCGACGAUCCUGCCGGCCGACGUCAGUAUGCGUUCGGCGGCCGCAUUGUACCACCAUCACCAUCAUCAGCUGGCGGCCGUAUUUCAUCAACCGUCGCCACAUCCGUUCGCAUCCGUGCAGCAAGCCUCGGUGUACUAA